AGGCCUUUAAGUGGAAGCAUGCAGGGAAUAUGCGUGGCCAGGGUAGAAAUAAUACCAUGAAUCCAUCAACAAGAAUAACUGGUGGUCACACUGAUCCUAGUGAUCAGAGCUUGAGUGAGGGCGAUUUUUUAUCAGAAGCCAGCGACGAUGGAGGACAAGGAGGGGACUACGCAAAUCCAAGAAAAAGAGGACCACAACAUCGCAGGGGCAACAACUAUCCACUUUUCCAAAAGAGACGACUACAACAGUACUAAAUGGUAUGGACACUAAUGCUCUUCAGGUCAUAAAUCUAUCUACAUAUAACCUGACCCCCCAGGAGAAAUCCAUAUUGGAAAAAGGACUCUCCUUCUCCCCCAUGCGAAUCUUGGACAAAUUUGAAUUUGUUAAAGACACAUAUUUGUUUUGCAGACAACUUUGUUUUAAACUUCUAUAUAAUCAACCAUCAAUUUUACAAACUCUGGCUGAGGAUGAACGUGGGGUAUUCAUGGAUCUCAUGGACCUUCUGCGAGAAAAUGAGUCCGAAACAGGUAGGAGGUGUUUCACCUUGAAUAAGCCCUCUCUACUUACCCCUUCAUUCAAUUUAUUUCCUAACAUUCAACUCUUUUUUCAAGCCAUAGUACAUGAGAUACAGAAACUUAAACCUGAUUGCCUGCAAGGUAGAAACCUGAAUAGCCUGGAAUCCGAUACUAUACGAAAAUUGCAGGUCAAUAGCACCUUUGUCAUCAAAGAGGCGGAUAAGGGCGGUAAUGUGGUCCUAUGGGACAUGGACUUAUACAUACAAGAGGCGACUCGACAGCUGAAAAAUGGAGCAUUUUAUGUACCCUUACCCUCGGAUCCCACAGUGGUUUUCAAGAAAAAACUGGACCAACUAUUGAAAUCAGCUCGGGAUAUGUUCAUCAUUACUAAAAAGGAGCAUCAAUUUCUCGAGGUGAGUGAACCGAUUAUCCCCACGUUCUAUAUGCUCCCGAAAGUGCAUAAGGACCUCCACAACCCCCCAGGUCGACCCAUUGUGGCCGGCAUUGGGGGUUUGUGUGAACAGGCCUGCACUUAUUUGGACUUUUUUCUCCAACCUAUGGUUCUAGGAUUACCCUCAUAUGUGCGGGAUUCUCUCCACCUGAUUGAAAUGUUGGAACAACUGUCAAUUACCUCUAAUGUAUUGCUGGUGACCUGCGACGUUGAGUCUUUGUACACGAAUAUUGCACACAAGGAUGGCAUUAGUGCCACUACCUACUUCUUGGAGAAGUCAACCUCGGGGGAGCCAGCCCACCGCGCCUUUCUGGGCUCCAAGGAGACCUGUAUCCAAUUCAUCGAAACACUGAACCAAAAUGACUUGAAUAUUCAUUUGACAUAUAAUAUCUCGGAUGAUACGGUGGAAUUUUUGGAUCUGAGACUGCGUAAGGAAAAUGAACGGAUUGCCACAUCCCUUUUUCGAAAGAGUACGGCCACUAAUAAUUUGUUACAUUAUCAAAGUUUUCAUCCAGCCCAUAUGAAGAGAGGAAUACCAAAAGGGCAGUUUCUUAGAUUGCGGCGCAAUUGUACUAACCUAACCGACUUCAGGACAGCUUCGGCAGAUCUGACAUCACGGUUCCAGAAAAGGGGCUACCCCAGGAAGCUUAUCUCCCAUGCCUAUGAAGAAGCGAAGAGCACUGAGCGAAUGGAAUUGUUCACUCCGAAACCAAAAACCAGGGAUGGCAGGAUACAUUUAAUUACACGCUAUAACAAUCAGUGGUCAGCGUUAUACAAAAUCUUGGAGAACCAUUGGUUCCUGCUCACUUCAGAUCACAGAUUGACGCCCCUUUUGGAUGACAAGCCGAAGAUUAUUGCCCGCAAGGCGCCCUCCCUCAAGGACCAACUUGUGUGCAGCCAUUUUCAGCGUCCCACACGGGGACUAAACAGAGGCAUUAAAUUGAAGGGCACACACCCCUGUGGCCAAUGCAACGUCUGCCCAUUCAUGUUGGGAAGAGAUAACUUCGUGAAUGGCAAGGAAUGUGUACGUUUGCACCAUUACAUAAACUGCCGCACCAGAAAUGUUGUUUAUGGGAUCAUUUGCCCGUGUAAGAAAUUGUAUGUGGGCCAAACCUCACAAGAACUGCGCAAACGGAUGCAGCAACAUAUGUCCAAUAUCAAUCUGGCCGCUCGGGAUCAAGCCGAUGAGGAGAAAAUUCUUACUUCUGUGGCUGCACAUUUUUUGGACCAUCAUGGUGGGCCUUAA